AUGAAUAAGUACGCCAAGUCCUAUUGCUGCUACCGCUGUGGAAAAUUUUGGAAACACGUGGGUAUGCUGCAUCGUCACGAGCGCACUUGUGAAGCAAAGGUUUUUUACAUGUUUCCUGGUGGUGCUUACAAGACUCCACCGACCAUCUUUCAGUUGCUGGGAGAUGAAGGCUUGUCCAUUCCUGAACAUCUCAAGUUCUUUCCUUACAGAGCUACCUUUGACUUUGAAUGUAUGUUCAGCUCUACCACCGGACUCGAGAACACAAAGAAACUCACUUGGAACGCCAAGCAUCUACCGCUAAGUGUCGGUGUCUGUUCCAACGUCCCAGAGUACGAUCAACCCAAGAGUUUUGUGACUGAUGGAGACUCUAAGCAACUUGUUAAAGAGAUGGUGGACUACCUUGUGGAAAUCAGUAGCAAGAGUUAUGGCCUAAUGAAGGAAGAGUUUUUCAGCAUCUUUGAAGCCGUCGAUCAAAAGCUAGAAGAACUAAAACAAAAAUCAGAAGAACCAACUACAGAGAUUGAAACCCAAGAGGAUAGUGAUGAUGAAGGGGAAGAUCUAAUGGAAUCAGAUGGAGAAGAAGAAGAGAGCGAGUCUGAGACAGAAGAAGAUUGUGCGUUUAUUGAUGAUGAAGUGGCGGAAGAUCAAGGAGCCUCGUUUUACCGGGCUUUCGACCGUGAACGUGCAGGGGAGGAAGUAGAAGAAUAUUUGGAUACUGUCGACCAACCCAGAACCUUACAAGAAAAAAGAGCACCCGUUGAAGAAACUAAGAGAUAGACUCAAAGAAUACUUGAGAGAGCUUCCUGUCCUUGGCUUUAAUUCUGGUAAAUAUGAUUUGAACCCUGUCAAAGAAUUCCUCUUUCCUGUCCUGGUCCAGAAUGAACAAGUUCAGUUCACCAUUAAGCGCAACAACAACAUCAUGUGCCUAAAGACGAGAAACCUUCGCUUCCUUGAUGUUACCAACUUCCUAGCGCCAGGCUUCAGUUACGAUAAGUUUUUAAAGGCCUACGAGUGUCCUCAAACGAAAGGGUUCUUUCCAUACGAGUGGAUGGAUUCUCUGGAAAAAUUAGAGCACCCAUCUCUUCCACCUCACGAAGCCUUCUACUCUACCCUGACCAACAAGCACAUUUCUAAGGAAGACUACCGGUACUGUCAACAAGUCUGGUCCACCAAAAACAUGCAGACCUUUCGCGAUUUCCUGAUCUGGUACAAUAACCUGGAUAUACAACCAUUUUGUGAUGCCCUGGAGAAGAUGUGUGCCUUUUGGAAAGACAAGAACAUCGACAUGCUGCGGCAAGGCAUUUCCAUUCCCGGUGUCACCUUGACGUAUCUCUUCACCACCCUCGAAACUGGCAUCUUCUUCUCCUUGUUUGACGAGAAAAACAAAGAUUUGUACUACCUCUUUAAGAAAAAUAUGGUGGGUGGACCAAGUAUCAUCUUCCAUCGCUAUCAUGAAGCAGGGAAGACAACGAUUAGAGAAAAAGAGAUGAAAGAUCAGGGAAAAGAACCAAAGAUGUGUGAAAAAAUUGUGGGAUACGAUGCCAAUGCUCUCUAUCUCUGGGCCAUCAUGCAAAACAUGCCCACGGGAUCUUUUACGAGAAGACGCGAAGAAACGAACUUCCAAAAAGAAAGCUCCACUAAGAUGGCCACCGAGUGGUUAGAGUAG